AUGGUAUGGAGCAACUGGUGGCCUCAUGACCCCGUGCCGGAGAGCAAAGCAACCGACCCUUAUAUCGUCAAAGUGAAGCCGUCCCAGGUGUACUGGUGGUGCUCCUGUGGACGUUCGCAAAGGCAGCCGUGGUGCGAUGGAUCUCACAAAGGCACACAGUUCAAGCCGGUGAUGUACGUACCGCGCCACAACGCCACCAGACUCAUGUGCGGAUGCAAGUACUCCUAUAGGAAGCCCUUCUGCGACGGCAGCCACAUGUGGGUAAAGGCACACAGGAACGUUCCGAAGGCAGCCGUUGCGGCAUUUGGCUUCUUCUUCUCCGUGGGUGUCUUCACCUCGUGGAUCUGCCACCCAUAA